AUGGAUUGGUAAAGCUGGUAGUACACAGGUCGGGAUUCAAUCGUGUAUGAUCGUAUAUUAAAAAACGGGAGGGAAAGUGAGAGGUACGCGUGUUGAGCUGUUCAACUUCGACAAGAGUAUUGAAUAGAAUUUCGAUUUUCGAUUGUACAGAUCCGUGGAGAGAGUACUACCGAUUUGUAAGAUGCAAUAUGGAGUCUUUCUUCGAAUUGUUUGAUCCAAAUAAUGGUAAGAACACGAGAAAGGAAUCUUGGAAUGACUCAGAAAAUGAAGGGAAUGGGAUAUCUGAUUGUGAAAAUUCGAGCAUCGAGGAUGAUCAGGAAGAAAGACUACCACCGGAACCUGAAGAGGGCAACAUUGAAUAUAAGCUAAAGUUGAUCAACCCGUCCAGUCAGAAAUUUGAACAUCUUGUAACGCAAAUGAAAUGGAGACUUAGGGAGGGUCAUGGGGAAGCUAUUUACCAAAUUGGUGUAGAGGACAAUGGAAAGUUAACAGGCUUAACAAGGGAAGAUAUGAAAGCAUCUCUAAAAACCCUAAACGAUAUGGCAGCUAGAUUAGGUGCUACCACAAGUAUAUUGCGUGAAAGGCUUGCCAAUUCUAAAAAUAAAGACAUGUCCACGCACGGUAAUAGCAAAGAAGAAAGGCGGGUAGCCGAGGUCUUAGUGAGAAAGUUAAGAAAAGGAGACAGGGAGGAUCAGGAUAGUAUAAUUGAUUUAAGGCUCGCUGUCACUGGUGCGCAGGAUGCUGGAAAGUCAACUCUCUUAGGUGUAUUAACCCAGGGUGAAUUAGAUAACGGUAGAGGAAGAGCGAGACUCAACAUGUUGCGGCACCUGCAUGAGAUAAAAACGGGUCGUACGUCAUCGAUAUCGCACGAAAUUAUUGGCUUUGAUAACGACGGACACGUAUUGAACUAUGCGGAAAUGGCAACUGCCGAAGAGAUAUGCGAGCACGCCUCGAAAGUAGUCACGUUUAUAGAUCUAGCUGGGCAUAGGAAAUAUUUGAGGACAACUGUACUCGGACUCACAGGAUAUUCACCUCAUCACGUGAUGCUAGUCGUAGCACCCCCCAUGAACGAGGCGUCACAGGAACAUAUGGCUCUGUGCCUCACACUGGGACUUCCAUUCUUCGUAGUUGUAAACAAAAUCGACCUUGGCUUUUAUAGUAUUCCAGAAACAAUAAAUCAAUUAGAGAAUGCUAUUAACGCGCAGGGAUAUUCUAAGCAACUGGUGACGUACAAUAAUAGUCAAAUGACGUGGGAUUACGAGUCGAAUAUAGUACCAGUCUUUAACGUCAGCUGUGUUACCGGGGAGGGUUUAGAAAAUCUGACAAACUUCAUCAAGAAUUUAUCACCGCAUGAUGUGAAUUCUAUAGAGUCAGAUUCCGAAUCCUGUUUAUUUCAAAUUGAUGAAACAUUCAGGGUGGCAGGUUUGAACGAGCCCGUUUUAGGAGGAUUACUCGUGAAAGGAGCAAUCGCUCCUGGUACCCGACUGUUAGUCGGACCUCUACCAGAUGGUGAAUUUAGUCCAGUCAAAGUCGUCAGUCUGCAUCGUAAUAAGGCUCCAUGUUGUUUAGUAAGAGCCUCACAGAGUGCUAGUUUAACCCUAGCACCACCGACGAACCGAAGUCCCCCCUUACCUCAUCUUCGACCUGGGAUGGUUUUAGUCUCUGUAUGGGACCACCCACAUGCAACACUUUUCUUCCAAGCAACUGUGUUAAUAGUGUAUCACGCAACCGCAAUAUACUCUGGAUUUCAAACAACUGUACACAUAGGGAAUGUGAGGCAGACGUGUAUCAUUAAAGGGAUAAUGGAUGCUAAAGACAGAGGCUUGCAAACAAACGACACAGCAUCCGUGCUGUUUAGGUUUGUUAAUCAUCCGGAAUACCUGCACGUUGGUAUGCGACUUCUGUUGCGAGAGGGUCGCACUAAGGGGAUCGGUAAAAUCACACAGAUAUUUCCUCUAAUUGGUCAACAGAACAGUAUGCAAUAAACCUGAUAAACUUUUGUGUGUAAAAAGUAUUGCAAAUUGUUUGCAAAGGAAAAUUUACUUGUCGCGUGCCUAGUAUAAGUAUCUUUUGAAGACUUUAUCUUUAUAGAAUACAAGAAAAUAGUACUUUUUUUUUUACCAGGUCUUCGAUAGAUUUUAUAGUUUUUUGAAUGAAAAAACAAGAUGGAGUUUUUUGUUGGUUUUCUGUACGUGUAUAUUAUUUUAGUUUUCUGUACUUUUGCGACAAAGAUUUUUUUACUUGGAAAAGCGAAGGGUUAGGCGACCUGGAUAGUUUCAUGUCUUUAUUAUUAGAGGAUAUAUUUUGGGCUGUUAAGAAUUGCAACCCAAUAGACGAGGCAAUACAAAACGAAUGAAAUACACAAUAAAUACUUCGGGUACGUGAAAGGCAAAGAGAUUCUAAAGAGAGAAUGGUCUAACGAUCGUAAAUCUCAUUGACAUUCAUCACCGUACCUUCUAUUAUAGUCUUUAUGACCAUUUUAUUUCGUAUUACGAAAUGAAUGAACGUUUUAAAUGGUUGAUGUCAUCAUUUUGCGUAUGACGCUAUAAUUAAAAAAUUCAUUGUGAGAACAAUCAUUAUAAUAAUGUAAUGUUUCUCUGUCAGAUUUAAAUAAAUUUAUCCUUGAGUUUCUGCUAAUGUCGUUUGAAAAAGAGAAAGAAAAACAUGAAAAAAUGAAGAAUAUAUUUAAAAUCGAUUAACACAAGAUAAAUAUUUUCGUAGUUAUUAUUAUCAAAUAAUAAUGAUGCCGAAUGUAAUAUUAUUUAGUUUGUAAGAUUUUUCAGAGAGAAAACGAAAAGAAAAAUCUAUGUAAGACGGUUGUAUUUGCGAACUACUUAGAAUUAUAUCUCUUUCAAUAUCAUCCAAAGAUACAUAUCGCGUAAAACGUUUAACGUUCAGUUAUGUAAAUUAUUAUACAGCCGUCCUCGAGAGAAGAAAAAAAGGAAUUUGAUUUAUUUAUGUUAAAUCUGGAUUGUACCGAUUCAUUAUAAACUGUAAAAUACCUUGAAUAAAACAGAAC